AUACCGCAGAGGGGGUGGAUGUAGUGCAGCAAUUUUAUUUUUAUCAUGUGCACACUAGGCAUGCGGUUUUGCAUGCAGGCAGGUUUACUAAAGGAAUGAAACCUGUUGAGUGGUUAGAAUUGGCAAGAAUAGGGCUUGAAUAGUGCCACCGAUAGAGGGUAAGGGGGGGUGGCACAUGCACUGGUUAUAUUGGGUGAUAGGCAUGCAUUGUGUGGGCUUUGACCCUCCCUGCUCUGUGCAGUAGUACAGUCUGCUAGGGGGAGGGAGAGCAGAGACAUGCCAGACAGCUGAUCCUCUGCUACACAGGCAGAACAGGGAGAAGGCAUCCUCCCUGCAGGAUCACAGAGGCUCACUCUCUCACAGGGCAGGAUUUAGGGGACCUGGCAUGAACCCCCAGCAGUGACCGCUGCUGCCAGGACAGGGGGCGCAUUGCUUUUUUGCUGUGGUAUCUGGACCUAAGCUGCCAGCUGCAGGAUGGCAUUCAGCCCCUGGCAGAUGUUGUCACCAGUCCAGUGGGCAAAAUGGACAUGGUCAGCGGUGAGAGGUGGCGGAGGGGAGACAGGAGAGGAUGAGGAGGAGCAGGAUUCUGGAUCAGACUCGGAAGGAAACUUUGACACACCUGAAGCCGAAACUCCGAUCCCGUCACCUGUCAAAGAACAAACUCAAGGUUUGACAGAAACAAAGAAAGAUGUCACCAAACUCCUAUCUCAAUUAUCUCUUAAUGAAAACAACAAUAUAUCAAGUAAUGGAACCUCAGAACUAGACUUUGAAACCAAGGUUGACAGAUUUACAAGUGCACCUGAUGUCUCCUGUGACAAUGCCACCAAGACAUCAAGUAAUACAGUCCAAGAAUCUAUUCCCGAGAAUACAAUGGUGCAGCCACCUGAAGAUCAAUGUGUAGUUAAAUGUCUUUUUCCAUCAAGUGACAAUGAUACUCAGAAAAAAAUGGUAGAUGGAGAACAUGUGGAAGCAGGUGAUGAACAGUUUGGUAAUAAUAAUGACCUACAGAAAGAGAAUAGUUUAGUAAUGGAUUCUUCUGAGAGAAAUGUUGACCAGGACUCUUUAAAGGAAUCUUCUGAAAAUGUCAAAAAAGAUCCACCAAAGGAAGUUCGGAAAUCUGUCAGUAAACUUCCAUCAAAGAUACCACAGGAAAACAUUCAAAAGAAAAUAACCAAGAAUGGAGAUAUCACUACCAACCUAGAGGAUGUCCCUCUUUCAAAAUCUUCCUAUAAUUUUGACCCUAACCAGUGGGAUGACCCCAACUUCAAUCCAUUUGGUGGAAAGUCUGCAUUGCCUCCCUCUCCUACUGUCACUAGGGCACCAACUGGAUUCAAAGACUUCAAUGAUGACUCUCUGGAUCAUCCUAAGCCUUGCAAGACACUGUCCAGCUCUGAAACCGAUCUUUCCAAGGAACCUAAAGCAAGGAAAGGAACUGGAAGUGCCCAAUCUUCUCCAAAGUUGGGAAGAUCACGUCUAAUCACGAACAGCUGUAAAGUGCAGAGUUAUGAAGGAUCCAGUUUGGUGUUAGAUGUUUGCAAUCAGCAAGAAGAUUGUUCCCCCAGCAUCGAGAAGCGAGAAGGUCAUGCUACAGAUGAGGAGAAGCUGGCUUCUGUUCCAGCACCUAAGCCGACGGGCACUGGGAUCAAAAGCCAACAAGAGGAGAACAGGAGUUCUUUGAGUGCCCCAAUGACUCUACCUCAGUUCCAGGAUCAGAAAAGGCAAUCAUCUGUGGAGGCGUCUGAACCUUCACCUCAACAGCAAAGCAUGAUUACACAGCACAAUCUGCUGCCGGCAAACAACGAUUUUUGUGUCUACACAAAUGAACUAUUACCCAAAGAACAAGCAUUUGGCUCGUUAAUUGGGGAGAUUGAAGCCAAGGACUGGCAGGUGAGGUAUGAGCAGAGCCAUGCAGAGGUGCUGGAGAUGAGGAAAAUUGUUGCUGAAUAUGAGAAAACUAUUGCACAAAUGAUUGAAGAUGAGCAGAGGAGUAAGAUCUCCCAGAAGAGUCUACAACAGGUCACCCUAGAGAAGGAACAAGCCCUCGCGGAUCUGAACUCGGUAGAGCGAUCUCUAUCUGACCUUUUCAGGAGAUACGAGAACCUCAAAGGUGUCCUAGAAGGAUUCAAGAAGAAUGAAGAGGCUCUGAAGAAAUGUGCACAAGAUUACUUAGCAAGAGUAAAGCAAGAGGAGCAGAGGUACCAGGCCCUGAAAGUCCAUGCAGAAGAGAAGCUGAACAAAGCCAACGAGGAGAUUGCACAAGUUCGCACCAAGGCCAAAGGAGAGAGCGCAGCUUUGACAGCAGGACUACGGAAAGAGCAGAUGAAAGUAGUGAGGUCGCUGGAGAGAGCACUGCAACAGAAGAACCAAGAGAUAGAAGAGCUGACAAAGAUCUGUGAUGAGCUAAUCGCCAAGAUGGGGAAGACUGACUGAUGUCCCUCCCACCACCUCACGAUGAUCUUCCUUGCCCCCACAUUGGCUCCCAACCAGCAUGAGUCCUGUAACGUUCAGAGACUGUGGACCCAACUCCUCCCAACGAGACCUGUAACUGAUUGCUCCUGCCUUCUAAUACCAGCAGGAAGAACGCCCUUGGUGUAUAUUUCUGUAUGGACUAAUGAAUCCUCCUUGUUCUAGUGCAGAGCAUGUUUGCCCGUGUACCAGGCUUUCCCCCCGAUUCUUAUUUGUUGGCAUCAAUAUGAUAGGUGCUGCUGGCACUGGUGCUUGUCAGUAACCCAGGUACAACUGCUGUUGUGGUGCUAGCAUGAAGACCAUUAGAUGCCCAUAACUGAUGCCCAGCUGAGGGUGACUAGGAUUUUGUAAGCCUCUUAAGCAGUAAAUGGCUUUUACUAUGCAGUAAAUCUUAUCUGCAAUGUUGACAGGGAAACUAUAGUAUACGCUUACCACCCCUCAGAGUCCCGGUAAUCACCUAUUGUAUAUGACUAAAACCUAUAGAGGUAUCCAUCUGUUAUGGGCAGUAGUCCAUGCAUGCACCAGUCAGCAAAGGGUCAAUGUAAAUGCCACCUAACAGUACCAUACACUUUACACUUUUCACCCGGUCUGAUGCAACUCUGCGUCGUAUGAGUGUCUCUUAAGAGGAUUGGGCAGGAUUUAGCUGUGCUGACGAUGAUCAUAGAAUAUUGGCUGGUCCAAUAGAUAACAAGAAGCCUUGAAGCUCUGUUGGGGGCUUAUUGAAGACCACAGAACUGUACCUGUUUUGGACUUGAAGACAAAUAACAUGUGACCUCCUUUAAAGGGAUUAGAGACUUCACAAUUUGACCAUAAAGGUGGAACUGUGGGGGAGAGUUCCAUGAACCAGCUGAAGGGCCUCCUCACCAUUGCUCCACCUGCUUGACUGAAACUAGGAAUACUGUACUUAGUUUAUGGGUCUACUGUAUCCAGCCUCACAGAAGAAGACAGAAGGGAGAGGUUUAGAUUAGUAGGACCAAAAGAGCUUGGUUGUGUGGCUACUUGGAUUGGCUGCAGCUUUCAUCCUGUUAUCUGUUGUAUACAGUAGAUACCUAUAUAGCCAUGCACUUGCACCUCCAAAAUAUAUUGGCAGUGCAGUCCAUGCCAGUGCAGGCAAAUGAGGGACAACUUGGCUGUCCCAUAAUUAGGGAAUUCAGCCAUACUAAUGCUUAAGAGAGUUA